AUGGCAGAAAUCCAACUGACACAGGCCACCACGCUACGUAGAAGCACAACGCUACGCAUGAUGCCAGUGAAAAAGGCCGCAAAGAAACCCGCCGCUGCAAAGAAGCCCAAGAAGGUAACAGCCAAGAAACCCGCCGCUAAGAAUUCCCCCAAGAAGGUCAAGAAACCCGCUGCUGCCGCUAAGAAAGCCACCAAGAGCCCCAAGAAGGCAGCCAAGAGUCCUAAAAAAGCCAAGGCAGCCAAACCCAAGACCGCUAAGCCCAAAGCGGCCAAGGCCAAAAAAGCUGCACCCAAGAAGAAGAAGACCGGUGGUAAGGCUAGGGCUAAAGCCAAGACUCGUUCAUCCCGUGCCGGCCUUCAGUUCCCCGUGGGUCGUGUUCACAGACUGCUACGUAAGGGUAAUUACGCCCACCGUGUGGGAGCUGGUGCUCCUGUCUACUUGGCUGCCGUGCUGGAGUAUCUGACCGCUGAGAUCCUCGAGUUGGCUGGUAACGCCGCCAGAGAUAACAAGAAGUCUCGUAUCAUCCCUCGUCAUCUGCAGUUGGCCGUGCGUAACGACGAGGAGUUGAACAGACUGCUUGGAGGUGUAACCAUCGCUCAGGGCGGUGUGCUGCCUAACAUCCAGGCUGUUCUGUUACCCAAGAAGACCGAGAAAGCAGCCAAGGCCAAGUAA